GGCCCCGUGAGGGGGGUGUGUGAGGGGGGGGAGCCGCGAUGUCCUUCUUUAACUUUCGCAAGAUCUUCAAGCUGGGCGGCGAGAAGAAGAAGAAGCAGUACGAGCACGUCAAGAGGGACCUGAACCCCGAGGAGCUGUGGGAGAUCAUCGGCGAGCUGGGCGACGGCGCCUUCGGCAAGGUGUUCAAGGCUCAGAACAAAGAAACAAAAGUACUGGCUGCUGCAAAGGUGAUUGAUACUAAAUCAGAAGAAGAACUUGAAGAUUAUAUGGUUGAGAUUGAUAUUUUGGCAUCCUGUGAUCAUCCUAAUAUUGUUAAGCUCCUAGAUGCUUUCUACUAUGAAAACAAUCUGUGGAUCCUGAUCGAAUUUUGUGCAGGUGGAGCAGUAGAUGCAGUAAUGUUGGAGCUUGAAAGGCCAUUAACAGAGCCACAGAUCAAAGUGGUAUGCAGGCAGACACUGGAAGCAUUGAACUACUUGCAUGAAAACAAGAUCAUCCACAGAGAUCUAAAAGCUGGCAAUAUUCUUUUCACAUUAGAUGGAGACAUUAAACUAGCGGAUUUUGGAGUGUCAGCGAAAAACACAAGAACAAUACAAAGAAGAGAUUCUUUCAUUGGUACACCAUAUUGGAUGGCUCCAGAAGUAGUAAUGUGCGAGACAUCUAAAGACAGGCCUUACGAUUACAAGGCUGACAUUUGGUCUCUUGGCAUUACUUUAAUAGAAAUGGCUCAAAUAGAGCCACCUCAUCAUGAAUUAAAUCCUAUGCGAGUGCUCCUGAAAAUAGCAAAAUCUGAUCCACCUACAUUAGCACAGCCUUCAAAAUGGUCAUCAGAUUUUAAAGAUUUUCUGAAGAAAUGUUUGGAAAAGAAUGUAGAUGCAAGGUGGAGUGCAACUCAACUUCUACAGCAUCCGUUUGUUACUGUUACUUCCAAUAAACCAAUACGAGAAUUGAUUGCGGAGGCUAAGGCAGAAGUUACAGAAGAAGUUGAAGAUGGUAAAGAUGAGGAUGAAGAGGAGGAAACAGAAAAUUCUCUGCAGUUACCUGCAGACAAGCGUGCAUCAUCAGACCUUAGUAUUGCCAGCUCUGAAGAGGAUAAGCUUUCACAGAAUGCCUCUGUUCUGGAAUCUCUUUCUGAAAAAACAGAAAGUAAUGCAAUUGAGGAGAAAAACAGUACAAUAUUUCCAGAUGAUAAAACAAUUGGAGACGAAUCUGAGGGCAUUAACGUUAGGAACAUGGUUGAAAACAUCUCUGAUGUUACUGCUGAUGAUAUAAAAGUGCAGAAUGGUUCUGUGCCAACUGGUGAAGUUGAGCAAGGCAAACCAUUGCCAGCUGAAAAGAGUACAGAAAGUCUGGAAGAAGCGCGUGAAAAUACAGAACCUCAGGAAGGAGGGAAAGAACUUGAUGCAGUAACAAAACCAGAAGUAAAUGAACAGAACCAAAAAACAGAGCAAGAAAAUGACAUAGGAAACGUACAAACAGAGGAAGAUAAAGUUAAAAUAAUACCUACAGCUGCUAAUACGGUAGAAAUCAGAGAAGCCAUUUCUGAGGAAACUGGUGAAAAAGAAGAGGAAAACAGAAUAGAUCUCUCAGAAAGUAAGAAUGAAAAGGUCACUGCAGAUAAUACUAUAGAGCGAAAGGAAGAUGGAGAUCAGGAAGAAGCAAUGAUAGACACCACUACAGAAUCUGUACCUAGUGCUGAGGAUAAAGUGUCUGAUGAAGAAAAGGAACUAAUAAAGCAUGCGAAUGACAACAUUAAGGAGAUAGGUGGUACUGCUGAAACACAGAUCAUCGAGGGGUAUAAAAUACCCGAGAUGGUGGAUAAACCUGAGGAAAGUCAGGCUAAGCAGGUCCAUGAGAUAAUCAGCUCUGAAGAAACUCUAUCAGAAAGCCAAGAUAAAGUGAUCAAAGCAGAUGAGAAGCUGGCAGAAAGUGAAAAUGAGGAUAUUUGUCUAAUAAGUAGCAUGGAGGAAACAGAGAGCAAAGACUCUGGAAAAGAUGAUGAGGGCCAGCAGACAAUGCAGGCCAAGCCUGAGGCUAUUUCUGAUAAGGCGGUGGAUAAACUGACGGGGAUGGACCAAACAUCAGAGGAGCACAGACCUGAGAAUAUCCAGGAAGACAAUAUUCAGAGGGACAAAGAACAGUCGGCAGUAACUUCUGAUGAAAUAAUGAAGAGUAAGCUUCAAGAUGCUACCGAUGAACAAGCUGAUGACUCUGAAGUCACUGCAGUACCCAGUAUUAGUAUAAGCAAUGAAGAAAAUGAUCAAAAGGUCAAAAUGGAUAAUCAAGACAAUACUGAAACGUUGCAGCAGCUGGAAUCUGAGAAUCUGAAGGAAAAUGAUGCAGAUUCGGGCACGGGUUCUACGGCUGAUAACAGCAGCAUUGACUUGAAUUUGUCAAUUUCUAGUUUCCUUAGUAAAAACAAAGAGACGGGAUCAAUAUCUUUACAGGAAACUAGAAGACAGAAGAAAACUUUAAAGAAAACUAGGAAGUUUGUUGUUGAUGGAGUAGAAGUGAGUGUAACCACAUCAAAAAUAGUUACUGAAAAUGACUCAAAAAGUGAAGAGAUGAGAUUUCUACGGCGUCAAGAGCUAAGAGAGCUGAGACUUCUUCAGAAAGAGGAGCAGAGAGCCCAACAGCAGCUUAGUAACAAGCUCUUGCAACAGCGAGAACAGAUGUACAGACGUUUUGAACAGGAAAUGACAAGCAAAAAGCGACAAUAUGAUCAAGAAAUAGAAAAUCUGGAGAAGCAGCAGAAGCAGACAAUAGAGCGGUUAGAACAGGAACACACAAAUCGUUUACGAGAUGAAGCAAAACGCAUCAAAGCAGAACAGGAGAAAGAAUUGUCCAAAUUCCAGAACAUGCUGAAGAACAAAAAGAAGGAGGUUUUAUGUGAAGUGGAGAAAGCACCAAAAGAGCUGAGAAAAGAGCUCAUGAAACGCAAGAAAGAGGAGCUUGCACAAAGCCAGCAUGCUCAGGAGCAGGAAUUUGUGCAGAAGCAGCAACAAGAACUGGAUGCAUCUCUAAAGAAAAUAAUUCAGCAGCAGAAGACAGAACUAGCCACUAUUGAACGCGAUUGCCUCAACAACAAACAGCAGCUCAUGAGAGCUCGUGAAGCUGCAAUCUGGGAGCUGGAGGAACGACAUCUACAAGAGAAACACCAACUCCUCAAACAGCAGCUCAAGGAUCAGUACUUCAUGCAGAGGCACCAGCUGCUUAAGAGGCAUGAAAAAGAAACGGAACAAAUGCAGAGAUAUAAUCAACGCCUUAUUGAGGAGUUAAAGAACAAGCAAACUCAGGAAAGGGCCAGGCUGCCUAAAAUCCAGCGAAGUGAAGCAAAGACUCGAAUGGCUAUGUUUAAGAAAAGUUUAAGAAUCAAUUCGUUAGCCUCUCCAGACCAAGAUCGUGAAAAAAUUAAGCAGUUUGCAGUUCAAGAAGAAAAGAGGCAGAAAAACGAGAGACUGGCUCAGCAUCAGAAACAUGAAAAUCAAAUGCGGGACCUUCAGUUGCAGUGUGAAGCAAACAUCAGAGAACUGCAUCAGUUACAGAAUGAAAAAUGCCAUCUACUGGUUGAGCAUGAGACUCAGAAGCUAAAAGAGCUGGAUGAAGAGCACAGCCAAGAACUGAAGGAAUGGAGAGAGAAAUUGAGACCAAGAAAAAAGACACUGGAAGAAGAAUUUGCCAGAAAACUGCAAGAACAGGAAGUUUUCUUUAAAAUGACUGGAGAAUCUGAAUGCCUUAACCCUUCAACACAAAGCCGGAUUUCCAAAUUCUAUCCAAUCCCCAGCCUUCACUCCACUGGGUCAUAACUCUGGGAACUGCUGUAGGUUUUUCAUAUUUGGAGUUCUUCAUCCUCAUCGCCUAACCUGAUCUAAUCUGUGGAGUACAUCAUCAGACCUGGCACUUUUUGUUUUCGGUGGAGACAAUCAGUGUCACGAUCAUUCUUUUUUUACUACUUUGAAUGGAAGAGAAGAGAAAAGGAGUCGGUGUAUAAUGGUAAUGUGACGUCCUUCAGAUGUUUCAAGAAUGUUUUUUUAUCUCAGUCUCAAAAAGUAUGUUAUCUAUGGUUUUGACUUUAAGUAAACCUAAAAUAUGAAUUAUAAUCUUUCUCAUCACAAAAAAUGGUUUCUUAUGUGAACAUUUAAACUGUAUAAUAUAAGUUCUGCUACUGUGUUUUUAAGUGUGUCAUUUCUAUACAAGAGAAUUCCACAACUGAAACUGCCACAAGAGGUUUAAAAUGUUAGUGUUGAGCAGUGUCUUCAUAACGAGGACUGAAAUUAAUUGCUCAGAACAUGCCAAUAAUCAUGAAAAAUGAACCCUUGUGUUUAAAUAUGGUUGGUAACAGUAAAAAACUUUGCAACUUCUUUAAAAAAAAGAAACCUCUGGCAUAGAUUAAACUGAGCUGAUCUCCAUUGCAUAUUUUGUCCAUUAGUUCCAUAAUGAAAGGGGGUGCUAGUUUAAUUAAUACAGUGCCUGAAACACUUAGGUAUGCUAAUCCUGGCAACAGGGUAGUAUUUGUCACGUAUGAAACAAAAACAAAAUAAAACUCCUUUGCAUUGUCGUUACUGUACAAAACAGAAGAUUUCUUGCUGCUACUGCCAUUUUUGUUGUAAAUCCUCACCCUAAAAUAUUUUGCACUAAAAUAUGUAAAGGUGAAAGAAAUGCUAACUUUAAAAUGCACAGUUUGUUGUUUUCCUUAGCUAUUACAGGUGGUUAGUUCUACAAAUUGAAAAGCUGUAGAAUGUAUUUUUUAGAAAGCAUUGUGCGAGAUGCGCGUGGUCGCUCUAACUGUACCUGGAAUGGGUAGAGCCAUCCUUCUGUUCUUACCAAAGCCUGUUCACUGAAACUCCAUCGGAGAAGUGGAGGUGGGUGGUUGUAUUUAUGGAUAACCAUGGCAGAAGUCUGAUUUGGUUGGAAAUGUUAACUUGAUUUUUUUGUUUGUUUGUUUUGGUCAUUUUAUAGAAAGAUUUAAGUUAAAUAUAUAGACAGAAUACUUAAUGAAGCUGGUUUUUUGCUUUUGUGUUGCCACGUACUAACAUAGACGGUUUUUAUUUUUUAAGUUUGUAGAUGUAAAAUAAGUUAUUUACCUGACUGAUCUGCAGUGGAAAAAAUCUGAAAUGUUUCUCAUAGCUGGUGGGGAAGGAAAAGUGUAUUAGGUCACUUUGACUGCACUCCUUUUGAUGGUUCGAGUCAUAUCAAGACAGUAUUAUAAGCUGUACUUUGGUAUGCUGGCGUUAAAUUUGUAAAAUAGUAUUUGUUUUCUGUUAUUUGAGGCCUAAAUUUCUAGUCUCUUUGGGCAUCAACUGCAUCCGUUGGUUUUGUUUUGGUAGCUUGCAUUAAAUGUGAGACUGGUGAACAUUUACACGAUGUUCAUUUCAUGGGAACAGUAUUGAUGCAUGUGAAUGAACUCAGAAAUUAACAUAGGACUUUAAUCAGAUGUGGUUGAAAUCUUGGAUGCUGAAAUCCUUGGAUGUUGAAACUAUACCUUCUCAAUGAAGACAUUUAAAAUAUACAGCACAGUAAAAACAGUUGGAAAAUGCAUGUUUUAAUUUAAAUUUUGUAACUUUUUGGUAGCGUAAUUACUUUAAUAGCUAGCCUUAAUUUCUGGCAUUUAAUUAUAUAAAUGUGUAUUGCGUACCGUUGUAAAUUCACAUAUCAUUAUCUCUAGGAUGUUAUCUGUUGCUAAACACAAAGUUCUUUUGUUUAUUCAGUAGGGUGAAAAAAGACUCUGAAGGCCUUUCCUUUAAGUUCCACCAUCAUCAAUUGACUGUUACUAAAAUAACGUUAAGUAAUCUUCAUCUCUGUAUUUAAGAAUUUGUUUGCAAUUUUGUAUGGAGCAGGCUCAGUGAUUUAUUUGGAGAGUAAACAUGGCAGGCAGAUUUCCUCUUCUGGAUUAUCUCUGCCUUUAUCCACAUUAAAUUCUCAGAGCAAUGUUAAUCUUCUUACAUUUUCGGCAGUUUCAGUGAUAACUUGCUAAUAUAUAUUGGCAUAGUGGUUGCCUCUGUCUACAUCUGGUAAAUCUUUACUUUGAAGAUCCUUUUCACAGAAGCUCCUGCAGUCUGACCAUACUGUAAAUUGUACAAAUGCCUGAGUUGUGUGGUGAAGGGAGGGACUGAAUGUAGCAAUCGAAGCCUUAGCAAGUCCUUGGCCAUCUCUGGAGCUGUAGAGCACUGUUAAGCAGCUGCGGUCUUGUAACUGUGCUGAGAAUUGGUAUCUGGUGUGAAAAUCCACUUUUCUGGGCUAACAGGCACUAAUGUAGGUACUUACAUGUUUAGAUUGAAAGCCAGCAUUUUAUCAGCAUUGUGGAACAGGAAAGAGGAGGUGUAUGCUCUUAGAGCACUGUCAGAAAAUCCAAUUCAAAUAGAUUUAAUCUCGCAUUGGCCUGGAAGAGAUCUUCUGAGAUAUAAAAUCCAAUCUCUCUCCUAUCACGUGUCACAUAAUCCUUUUAAUAAUGGUGGAAGCUCUGUCUCACAGGUAGUUAGGUGUAUUUUCUGUAGUCAAAACAACGUGCUUGCUUGCUGAGUUUCUGGCAGAUCUCAUUUUCUCUACAUGCCCCUCAGAAGCUGAGCAAAUACUGAUUCUUGCUCGCCUUCAUUUUACAUCAUAGCUGCUGGCUGCAGGAAGAUGAACAAAGGCACUAAAGCACGUGCACUGCAGUGCACUGCAUUGUUCUCUGCUCCUCUAUUUACAGUUGGUUUGGACAAGAAAAAAAUCUCCAUGCAAGCUCGUGGCCUCUGAUGGAUUCAGACCUCACAAUUUUUUAAUCAGCUCUGAAAGCAGAUUUCAGCACUUGCUAAAUUAGCUUUCUUGGGAUGGAGCAUUGUAAAUAGAGGAGUCAGCAGUUCUUCUCACACCCUGAGAGUUACGGGAGCUCAGCUGCUCCCAGUGCCUUGUAAUUCUCUGCCAGUGCAGCCAUGCAGGUGGACAAGGGAGAUCUUUGGAUGACUAAGCUCUUUUAAACGUAAAUCAGUUUAAACUUUGCUGUUACUUGGGUGCAGAGGGAAUACUCCAGCACAUCUGCUGCUCUGUUUCCCACAGGACACCACAGUUCUUUCUUUCAAGCGCUCUGCUGAAUGCAUAAGAAACAAGCGUGGCAUGAAAAGUUAUGGUAGGGAGGUUACUUCUAUGGUUGACUAGAUUUACUCUAAUUUAUUGUUAAAGGUUUUACUUUAGAAGUUCAAAGUGAGAGGGGGCAGCGCUGCAGCUGUUGGUACCAACGCUCUGACCCGCGGUGUCCUGAUUCUUCACAGGACUUUGUUCAGUAUCCAACCGAUCACAUGGCUUAAGAGCCAGCAAGCCAGAUAUUUAAAAUACGAUUAUUCUAUCCCAGAGAACUUUGUUAUAAAUACAGGGAACAGGAUUUUUUCUUUUCUUAAUGAAUACAUAGGAACCUUAGCACCUUAACAAAGUCAGAGUCUGAUAGAGCCAAACAAAACAGUAGUGUAGUUGCUUUCCUCGGGCCACAAUGUAAAAAUGUCUUUUAUGGCAGCAAAAUGAAGACAGUGGUGCCACAGUGGAGGCAGUCAUCAGGGCAAGGAGGAGCCCCAAUAAAGGCCACCACGUGGAUAACUUCCUGCUUUGCAUGUUAGCAUUUACAGUCCUGUCAUUUUACUUCAAGAUCUGUACUUCUGCAUCUCAGAGAACCUUCCUUGUGUUGAUGUGUCUGCAUGUGUUUCCCAGUCCCUGACUUCUAAUUGAUAGCAGAUCCGAAAUGAGGUCAGAGAGUUAACCCUCCUCACUCCCGGACAAGCCAGGGCCAGGCUGCCCUGGCACGUUUCUUAGUCUUACAAAUGAGAACAGGUAAAGGGAGGGAAAGGAAGAAAACUUCAUUGCAUUUCUCUAACUAGGAAGGUGGGGAUGUUUGCAGAGCUUUUAGUUGUUUUUCAGCCUCUCUUUCUCGCCUCAGGCCUUGUCCUUUGUUUCUGUAACUACUGCACUCCUGGCCCAAGGGCAGUCAGCAGGUCCAGAGGGAAGCAGAAGCCCUCUUAAGCUAAAACAUGCUUAAACCAGCAACAGAGUGAGGACUCAUGCACUUCUCUGUACUGAAAGCAGAAGGGAGUUACUGAGCCCCAGGUUGCUUUAAUUUUAUAUCUUCCACGGUUUCCAUGCUAGGUAAAGCCCCUUUCUCACUGAUCAUCAAUCACCCAGGCUGAAAGGGAAAGAGCAGGAUCUAGACAUUCUAGAGCCGUCCAGUGCAACCGAACUGUUGCGCUGUCCUGCCCCUGUUCUCUGUGAGCAAGCCAAGCAGAGUGCUGUUUGUUCUGUCAUAAAGCCUGGAAAUCCACGGCAGCUCCAGCCUCACGUCGUCCCAGCAGUUUGUUGAAUGUUUUGUGUUAACAAACCAAGUUAUUUUUGCCUUACAGGAAGCAACCAAAAAUCAGGAGAUGGAUAAAUAGUUGGCUAAGGAUCUCUGUAUGUACAGCUCAUGGAAAUAAAUUUGCAGUAGCAGCCAUACACCAGGUUUUGUUUUUUUUUUUUUUUUUUUUUUUGGUGUGUUGUUUUGGUCUUGUUUUUAAAAGUACUUUUCAUUUCAUCGCUUUCUGUAGAAUAUUGUAAUAAUUCUGCUGUAAAUACAAUAAAAAUCACAGUUUGCUGAGA